CAAUGCUGCUCCUCACUGUUCUGUCCCUCUGUAUCGGUCUUACCAAGGGAGAUCAGAAGGGUCGUCUGGACCUUAGUGAGACCCUGGCUGCUCGAGUACCUCUGGGACAAGUAACUGUAAAUGAAAUGUUUAGGGAGGUGGUGAAACUGAUGGAGGACACACAGCAGAAACUGGAGGAGGCUGUCCAUCAGAUGAUAAACGAGACUUCCAAAUCUUUGUAUGGAGACCCUCUGCCUUUUGAGUACCACAUCCAAAACAAGACAGGAACCAAGGAAACAGGCAGUGAGUCAGGAGGUUCUGAUUCUUUCACAACUCUGAUUCAGGAGAGCAGCUGGAAUGAGAUCGACCAUAAGUGUUUAAUCGAUGAAGACUGUGAGAAAGACAGUUACUGUCUCUAUGAGAUCAGCAGGUCUAAGUGCGUCCCCUGCAAAUCCACCAACGAGGAGUGUGUGAAGGAUGAGGAGUGCUGUGCUGAGCAGCUGUGUGUGUGGGGGGUUUGUACACUAAAUAAAACCAGAGGACAAUCUGGUACCAUUUGCCAGUACCAGAGUGACUGCAGCCCACUGCACUGCUGCGCCAUGCACAAAGCGUUGCUGUAUCCUGUCUGUAGGCCGCGGCCUCAGGAGCGCCAGAGCUGCCGCGAUCAGCCAAACCAGCUGCUGGAUCUGCUGAUGUGGGACGAGGAAGCUCCUCAUGAGCACUGUCCAUGUGCUGCAGGACUGGAGUGCCAACUAUUGGGCCAAAAAUCAGUGUGCCUGAAGCAGAAGAGAUCAAACAGAGAUCAGAACUGACUGCUACCUGAGAGAGAGAGCAUCUAUAAGCCCUGUAUAUAGUGGAUCUUAUUUAAAAUGCUGCACAUACUGUUGUGUUUUUAUGCAAGGUAACGUUUCAGAAUGUAAAUGACUUUUUGUAUGAAUAAAACUUAGAAUUUA